AUGGAGACCAGAGGGCCAGGACCACCAAAAGCAACAAGGCCCCCUCCCCCCCAAAAGAAGAAAGAAAAACCGCCGCAAUCGAUCAAUCUCGAUGGCCGGGAUCUUCCCCCUUCUACGUCCCGCAGGCCCGGGGUGUGCGGAACGGAUGAGGGAUUGUAG